AUGCGAGCAAUCACAUUCCUCCUCACAGCCCUAACGGCCGCUGCCGCCGCGGUGGCCCAAAUCCCCGACUCCAAGCGCUUCGACUUAACAACCCCCUCCCACGACCUCUGGCGGCACAAGAAAACCGCCGCCUACACCGUGCAACAAUCAAUGACCUUCGACAAUGUCAACCGCCGGCUCUUCAUCGUGAACCGCCGAAACGGCGCCAGCACCACUUCGGGCGACCUCACUAUCAGCGAGGUCGACUUCGCGGGAAACCUGCUCGGAUCCAUGGACCUGCUUGCCUGCGGACACGGGGUGAACAUUGCCGCCGAGCCCGUCGGCAGCGACACAUAUAUCUGGUCUGAGACCGACGCCGCGGCCAGUGGGUACGGGACUGCGCUGUGGCGAUUCAAGUUCGAGGACGGGAAGACGCUGGAUCCCGCGAAAGACAACAGGGAGCGGAUCAAGCCGCUGGAGAAGUUCGAGCGGGGCACGGCGACGAUUGACCCUGUGUAUGAACGGUUCGUUGUGCGGUAUCAGUACGACAAAUCUAUGUAUAUUGCUGUAUGGGAUCUUGAUGAUGCUGUUUCGGGCAAUUUCUCGAAGCCGCUUGUUGAUUGGAAAAUACCGAAUGUUAAGGACGACUUGGGUGCGAUGACGGGUGUGAAUCAGGGCUAUGCGGUGUAUGGCCGGUAUCUUUAUUUACUUACCGGGGAGUCGUAUGAGGCCAGUGGCGGGAAGCUUAACUCGCAGAUGUUGUCGAUGGAUUUGAAUACGGGAGAGCUGGUUCAGGGACCAGUUAUGACGAAGGCUGGGUCGACACUUGAGUUCCGGGAGCCGGAGGGCUUGGCUAUCUAUAAGACCAAGGAUGGUGAGGCGCGUCUGUUCUUGGGCUUUGCGUCCGGGGUGGCGGGUGACCGCCGCAGCAACUUAUUCUAUAAGAACGUGUUGGUUUAG